UAAAUAUCAGCCCCUUUCACCUCUAUGACAAGAUUUUUCAAAACCUUAAUUGGAAAAAAAAAUACCGCCAGAGACUACUGAUGCCAAUGAAACCGCAUAAUGGCAGGGAUAACGCUAUCCAUUUUUGAUGAACAAUCUCUUGAUAUUUGAUUUACAUCCUAUACCGGUUUUAAUUUUCGUUUUGUAGGUUCGGAUGCAGUGACAACUCCUAGAUGAUACUCCAAGCAAUUGUCUUGGCUUGUUCCCUCUGCUCUCUAGCUCCGGGCUCAGCAACACAAACGGAUGAAGAUAUUAAAGAGCAUGCAACAGAGGAAGCGAGAACGAGAAAUGCCACAGCGACCUUGAAUAUGUUGUUGAAGAAUUAUGACAAACGUCUGCGGCCAAAAUUUGGAGGAAGACCGGUCACCGUGUAUAUCGACGUGUACGUCGUAGACAUAGGAGAAAUUUCUGUUACCAACAUGGAUUACAGGAUGACAAUAUAUCUGCGGCAAACUUGGGAAGAUCCCCGGCUUAGGUUCAACGGCUCAAAUCAGAUUGUUGCACAGGGAGACAUACUGGAUAAAAUUUGGAUUCCAGAUACAUACUUCAACAGUGAGAAGAAGUCAAGCUUUCACGAAGUUACCAAGAAAAACUAUGUGCUCAUAUUUUUGCCUAAUGGAACAGUUUUCUUUAGUAUAAGGAUUUCAUUGACAGGAGUUUGCCGCAUGAACCUACGCAAGUAUCCCAUGGACACUCAGAGAUGUGUGCUGAACAUUAUGAGCUAUUCCUAUUCGGAAACCGAUGCCAAGUACACCUGGAAACGAGGUCACGUGAAGUCUGUGGAAACAUCCACAGAUAUCUCCCUUCCACAAAUGGAUCUAGUCGGUAUCGAAGCAUCUGAAAAAACUAAUACCUACUCCGUAGGGAACUUUUCGAGACUCAGUUUGAUGUUCACGUUCAAAAGGAGACUAAGUCUGUUCAUAACGGAGACGUACGUCCCGUCCAUCAUGAUCGUGGCCUUGUCCUGGGUUUCCUUUUGGAUCAACUACAAAGCAGCACCGGCAAGAGUGGCCCUCUGCAUCACAACGGUUCUUACCAUGAUCACCUUGACUGCGGCAGUGCGGAAUUCUCUGCCACGAGUGACAUACACAAAGUACAGUGACUGGAUAUUGAUGUUGUGCCUCGUGUAUGUGUUUGGGGCACUGGUAGAGUUCGCUGUAAUUAACUUCCACGAAAGCUUAGAGGCAAGAAAGCGAGAGAAACGUAAUAACGCUCUGAGAUCUGUCGACGUGGAACGCGGGAGUGAUGCCGGGUACAAAGGUCAAACGGAAAGCAGUGAUCCAAAAACAAAAUACUUACAAAGACAAGUGUCUUCCCUGCGGGAAAAAAUCAAGGCAUUUUCCGAUCAAGAUGUCAAUGUACAGAAGAUUGACAGCCGCAGUAGAGUUCUGUUUCCACUGACAUUUCUCAUCAUCAACCUGAUUUUCUGGAUUUACUUUAUUGUUGACUCGGCCAGCGGAUAACUGUGGGAAACAGAUUGCUAAUACAUCGGUAUUUACCACUUGUAACAGGAGUGCUGGCUUAUUCUCCGUCUAUCUCGGAGUCAUCGGAGAGACUGGGAGCUAACCCAGCGUUUCAGGAAGUCUGGGAUAGACUGAGUAGAUUAAUUAACGGAUCCAGGUGAUCUGUGACGUCAUUGCGGGGGCCUGGGGAAAGAAAUUUUAAAUCCGUAUCCCAUAAACAAAUGCGCGCACCAAUUUAAUCUGUUUUCGAAUCAUGGCGGCUGGUCGGCGUGAUGUGAGCUCGAUGUUUUAAAAAUACUUCGCCAUCAACGAGUGAGAAGACUUGUCACUGGGUAGCUUGUACAAUGCAGUUAUUG